UGUGCGCAGGACUGAAAGCGAGACACACGUCAUUGUGGCCGUCGAAGUAGAGAUUAGUACGUAAAAAUACAUUCGAGUGCUGAGCAUUGAAUAAUAGCCCGAAGAAAAAUGCAACAAUUUACUGGGAAUAGCGGUGAUUUAAAGUUAGGCAAUAGAUUCGCAUUGAACAUAAUAUGUUGCAUGCUUCUUGCAUUACUCGUGGAUAGCGCUCACGGACUGCAGCUGAGUGCGUUUACCACGAAAACGCCAAGAGUUUCCAAAUAUACUACGAAAUCGCCAUCAGCGUCGUCAAUGAACCAUGAUGCGACCACAUCGAUUUAUCGUCUAAAUGCCACCAAUGACAUCACAUGCAUACUCAUGCAGGUGGACGGCUUGAUAAGCAUACGGUAUCGGAACAAACUCAACGAGGAUGUUGAGGCCGAUUUGUAUAUGCCGGACCAUCCGCAGCUCAGUGGUGAGUGCGUCGAAUCCAAUGUAGAGAUAUUGACCAUGGAUUUCAAGGGUUUUACGCUGUCAAUGACCUUCAAAAAGUCGUCGGGCGGUGAAGGCUGGUAUAUCAAUCUCUUCGAGCUGACAUAUUCAUCGUCAAACUCACUAUUCGAGCAUCCCGAUCGCCCCAAAUUGAAUGUGAGACUGACGUCACCGGCACAGCAGCCAAUGUAUUUCCCAACUCCGGUGGGCAAGUCCUAUGUCUGCGACAAGGAGCAAACUGUCAUUUUGUAUGCUCCCCACGACUCCGGCGACCUAUCCGGCCAUAUUGCACGACUCUACUUGCGCGACCUGCACAUGCAGAGCUUCAUGUUCAAGGAGACAGGCAAGUGGGGCCCAUCCUUCCACUGUAGUGCCACCGGUUCCUAUCGCGAUGAGACCGCACCAUUGGCUGUUGGCACCGCGUUGGCCAUUGCGGUGCUAUUGACCAUUUCAGGCUAUGGCGGUUGGCGGUAUUUUAAAAUCAAGAAGGUUCAGUACGGUUCGAUGGAGUAGACUGAGAAUUGAUGUACCGCACCUUUCGUUUAAUUACUUUGCAGUCAUAUAUUUCUACCGUUCUUUGUUGCAUAUCAGAUAUCAGUAUUGACGUUCCCAAAUAUUGUAAUCAUGUUUUCAAACCUAUACAAAAAAAAAAUUGUGGGGCAUCGGCAACACACAUAUAACUAUAACUGUUAUUAAGAAAUGAACACAAAUUCGUAUUAUACAACAUUAAUUGUUGAAAUGCAUAUAAAUAUAUGAGAAUUACAAAUGUCUUCCAUAUUGUUAAUAUAAAUAAAAACAAAAAACCUAAUUAUGAUACAUAUUAUUAUAAACACAUUAAUAUACAUAUAUAUGAAUAUGUAAUUAUACAAUUACCCCAACAGUUUAUUACAAAAUCUCCAUUUGUAUUUGUAAUGUAAAUCCAGAAAUAUUUUGAUGUGUUAAUUAGACACAAACUACAGAAACUUUCUUGAUAAUCCAAAUUUAAUUCUGUUUAUUAUAUUUACUGAAUUUUAAUGAAAUAAUAAAGUGGUAAAAUAGAAAGGAAAAAUAAUAAUAAAUACAUAUAAAUAAGUAAAGUCAAUUACUUGGAAUUGCACGACUAAGAGAUAUGCUGUAACCAGAUCUAACACACAUUAGAACUAUUGUAUCAAAUGUAAAUUUGUGGGUUCACAAUUAUUCUAAAACUAUUAAACGAAUCGCAUGAUACCGAUAAUCAUUUCAUGUUGUAUGCACCUUUUCUAAUUUAAGAGGACACAAACAUUUACUUCAAGCUAAUAAAUGAAUUCAAGAUAUUAAUCCAAA